GAAAUACAAGGCAUGUUAAGAAUUGUAAAUUCGAACGUGGCAUUGAUCCUAGCAGAGAGAGGAGAAGUUCAUAGGAGUACUGAUAUUGAAAAUAUAUUAUCUGAGUCUGAGUUUUAUUCUCCGAGUGUUGUACGAGCUAGAUAUCUCUCACCAGUCACAAGAGCCAAACCCAUAGUUAAUGUUGGACAACAACCAUCAAUGACCAGACUUGUUCUUCAUUUUACACAACCCCUGGAUAAACUUAAACUAGUUCACAAAUUUAAAGGUAUAUCCAGUGAAUUGUGUGGAGAUCCAUGGUUGGGAAAUAUCUAUCAUAUACAAGGUCAAGUUAAUUUGGCUGGAUUAAAUGAGAGUUUUGAUGUAGAAUUUGUAACUUUGAGUGAAUAUAUGAAGUUUGUACCAGUAGAGAAGCCUCCCCAAGAUGGUCAAUCUCCCCCAGCUCCUCAGUCUACUGCUAAAAGUUAUUUAGUAUUUACUGGGUGUGGCCUGGAUAAAUCUGUAUUGAAGAACUGGUUACGACAAUGUCAACCACCAAAACCUGAGAAAAAACAAAUUCUGACUAGAGACCAACUUUCUAAUGAUGUUAUCAAUAAAAUUCAUGUAACUAAUCAUUUAAGUAUUUUACCAGAAGGAUGGUUUUAUAAUGGUAGUCAGUAUAUCAGUCUAGAUGGAGAGAAAACAUCCACUCACCCUCAGCUAGAGAAGUUUUUAGAAGAAUAUAUCAAGGAGAAAAACAUAGAAAUUACCAAUUUAAACAAAGAGAUAGAUUCCAUCCCAUAUACUGACCUCUUCGCUUGA